GUUCAUUGAACGCAGCAGCAGAAGCAGCAGCGGAGUUAAGUCGCUUUACGGACCCGGUAGAGAACUUGGCUCAACAGUGGGCUUCAGGGUGUAGUUCCUCGAAUACAGAAGGAUUUAUUUGCCGCCGAGCUGCUGAGAAACAACUUUUAGCUGUGAAUUUGUCGUCGUGUUCGCGUUGGCGCCUCGGUUACACGGAGUUCUGCUUUAGUCUGAUGGAAGUGAGUGAGACAGUUUCAGAUCUGGAUGUAAAGACGCCCUCCUCAUCAACACAGGUUUCACUGGAGCAGCUCUUGAACCAGGAGCUGCAGAGUCCCUCUCCAUGUUUACAAGUGAUUGCAAAUGAUUACAGACAUGCUGGCAGUCAGUCUCAGGGGCCUUACUGUGGCCCCCACGGCAGUCCCAGAGUCUUUGACUGCCCCAGCAUCCAGAUUACCUCCAUUUGUCACAACGUUCAUGUGGAUGCUGGCAGUAACCUGGAUGUUUCGGCAGCUGGUGGUGCAGAGGCCGCAUACUAUGAACCGUCGUGGAACAGAGAUCAGCUCUACCUGCCUCUGGACGCCUCAUAUCGAGAAUCAGCACUCAGCCCAAGUCCCUGCAGCAGCCUGUCGUCCAGGAGCUGGGUGUCAGACCUCUCUUCUUGUGACUCUUUCUCUCAUGUUAACAAUUACGUAGACGGAGAGCUGCAUGACGCUGCCCUCCUCGCUCUGGGCUCACCGGGAUGUGGAGGUGGUGCGUUUGGGGUGGAGCUAUGGCAACAGAAGUACCAGCAUCCAGUAGCUUUCAGCCCGGUGUUGUCACCACAUCAGUCACCCCGGCAGUCACCGAGCCACUCCCCUCGCACCAGUAUCACAGAGGAUACCUGGCUGAACUGCUGGCCCAACUCCAGGCCAUCAUCCAGACCGACCUCUCCCUGUGGGAAGAGACGCCACGCCAGCUCUGACCGUCGUGCUCGCUCCCCCUCCCCUCACCACUCGCCCAGCCCCACUCCAGGCACGUCUCCACGGGGCAGUGUGACGGAAGAAAACUGGCUGGGAAGUCCUGCUGAUACCUCUGUAGCACUCCUCAUUCCUGGUUGCCAAGAGCUGGAUGUCCCUUCCAAAACCAGAAGAACAUCAGGAAGUCAUCUUGGCCUCUUGGCUGGUGACCCUAGUCCUGAAUCCUACCUGGAUCCCUGUAGAGAGGAAAAACGAGAACAGGGUGGCUUAGCUGAGCUCUUCCUCCCAGUUCCAUUCAACUUCAGCUGGAACAAGCCCAAACCUGGAAACCCACCAUUGUUCAGCCCCUCGUCACCACCCCCUCUGGACUGGCCUCUGCCUAACCAGUAUAACCAGACUGAGCUAAAACUGGAGGUCCAGCCCAAGUCCUUUCACAGAGCACACUAUGAGACAGAGGGCAGCAGAGGAUCCAUCAAAGCAUCAACUGGUGGACAUCCGGUCAUCAAAUUGAACGGGUACAGCGAGCAGCCGCUCAGUCUGCUGCUGUUCAUCGGCACAGCAGACGACCGGGCCAUUCGUCCUCAUUCCUUCUACCAAGUCCACCGAGUGACGGGGAAGAACGUUACCACCAUCUGCCAGGAGAAGGUGAUGGGCUCCACCAAAGUCCUGGAUGUCCCUCUGCUUCCAGAAAACAACAUGUCCGUCAGCAUUAAUUGUGCUGGCAUACUGAAGCUACGUAAUGCUGACAUCGAGCUGAAGAAAGGAGAGAUCGAUGUGGGGCGGAAAAACACGAGAGUACGAGUUGUGUUCAGAGUGGCUGUUCCUCAGCAGGAUGGUCAGAUGCUGUGGCUGCAGACUGCAUCUGUUCCAAUAGAGUGCUCCCAGAGAUCAGGCCAGGAGCUGCCACAUGUGGAGAGCUUUUAUCCAAGCAGCUGCUCUGUGGAGGGUGACGAGGAGCUGGUUAUCUCUGGGUCCAACAUGUCUGCUCAGUCUAGAGUUGUUUUUAUCCAGAAAGGGCUGGACGGAAGAUCGCUGUGGGAAAUGGAUGCCAGAGUUCUGCCAGAAAAAAGCAAUGAUUCCAAGAUUGUGGUGGUGGUCCCCAGUUACAACAAGAAAACGUCAUCCCCUGUCCAUGUCCAGUUCUUUGUCUCAAAUGGAAAGAAAAGAAGAAGCCUAAUGCAGAACUUCACCUUCGUACCUGGAGUCAGACAGCACGCUGCUGGCCCAGGGUUCAAACAGGAGCUCUGGGAGGCAGACCACAUUCUGUAUCAGCUGCCCUCCCAGGAUGGGGCUUCCUUUGAUUCAUGCGCUCAUCUUCACUAUCCUGCAUCCUCCUCUCUUCCACUCCAAGCAUCAGUUAUGUUUCCCCACACAGCUUCAGCCCCAAACCUGACUCCACUUCAGAAGGAGGGGCUGAUCCAUGCUCAGGCCUCUGCCUCCCCUGUCCAAAUCCUCAAUGCACCUUGCUCUAUGUCCUUUGGUGGACAGCUCGGCAAACCGUCCUCAAGUUCCAGUAAUACUUUCAAACCUCCUGCUGACUCCCAGAAGGAAUUCUUGGAUUUGAUCCCAGGAGAACUGCUGAAUAUCAAACGGGAGCCAGAGGCACAGCCUAACCUGGAAUCACUGGGUCUUCAAGAGAUUACGCUGGAUGACUUGAACGAGAUCAUCGACAGAGACAUUGGCAGCCUGAGCAGCGCAGACCAGUUCCACCAGUACGACUAGGACAAAGGGUCCAGCAUCCAGUCUUUCUGCAGAGACCCUCUGUAGUUGAUCAGACACUUGGAACUGAUCUUUAAGUGCCUGAAAACCUUUUAAUAUGUCUAAGGGGUCAUUUCCACAUUGUCUCAGGAAAACAGCAAAACAUCUGGGGUCGGAUUUAUAAAACUGGCGUARGCACAAUUUGAGCCCAGAAACUUGCGUACGC